AUAGAUCAUCAAUCCAGUCCACUUUCUCAGACAAACAAACAGACAGACAGACUAGCUAACACGUCGACAAGGUGAACGUAGACGUAGACGUCGACCGUCGUCGCAGCCUCGCAGGGGAAGAGAAGAGAGAUGGGCUCGUGCGUCUCGCGAUCGACGGCGUCGGUGGAGGGGUCCGGGCGGGCGGUGGCCACGGCGAAGGUGGUCGGCCCGGACGGCUCUUUGGCGCAGUUCGCGGCGCCCGUCAUGGCGGGCGAGGCGCUGGGGGACGCCGCCCGCGCGUCGAGCUUCCUGUGCAGCGCCGACGAGCUCCGCUUCGACGCGCCCGCCCGUGCGCUGGCGGCCGAGGAGGCGCUGCAGCCCGGGUGGCUCUACUUCGCGCUGCCCAUGUCCAUGCUCCGCCGGCCGCUCUCCGGGCAGGAGAUGGCCGCCCUCGCCGUCAAGGCCAGCUCCGCGCUCGCCGUCGCCAGCGGUAAGGGGCGGAAGGCGGCUCGGGUGGCGCCGUUAGUCCUCGCUGACGAUGAGGGCACCGGAACAGAGGACGGUGGAUGGAGUCGCCACGCGUAUGGAAAAAGCGAUGCGCUCAAGACGGUGCACGGCGGCGGUGAGACGGUGGGGAAGACGAGGAAGCGAGCAGCUGGUGGUUCUUACGGAAGCCGCACGAGUCGUCCGGCAGGCGUGCAAAGGUUAAGCUCCAUUUUGGAGGCCGAUGACUGAUUGAUCCUAGUUCCCAGCUGAUUCUUGCAAACGGUUAAUUAGCAAAGUUUGGUGCGUGGGUUAGCCUAGUUAUUAGUAUUAUUUUUUGGACCUGUGGUUAGCCUGGUUACUUGAUUCAGUCGGCGCUCGAUCCCCCAAGCUGAGGUGGAGAUCAGUGUAUAUAUACUGCAUAUAUACUAUUGUACAAAUGUACU